GGAAGUUUUCCGGUUUGAAACAUAAAAACAGAAAGUUUCUCGUUCGGGUUUUUCCCCACAGUCCGCGUUUGUGUUUCUUGAAAACAUUUUAUUUGCAAUAAAUCCUCAACAUGGAAGGAAAUCACAUCACAGAGGAGAUGUCGGAGAUUUCAGAGAGGCUGCAAAAAUCCAUGUCCCUGGACGCAGAAGAUGACCUGGAAAACUACAGGAGGUUAAUUUCAAAAGCGAAAGCUUCCGCCAAGCAGGGAGACAUUGAACAAGCGUUGAAGCUGUUCAAACAGGCGUUCAACAUUCACCAAACCCCCAAACUGGAGAACAGGAUAAAGAAAAUUGAAGAAAUUCUAGCUGAGAACAACUUGGAGGAUGAAGAUGAGUUCAUCAAUGUGAACAACAGCGGCUUAAUGCUGUUUAAAGAACUACACGACAACCUGUAUGACUAUCAGAGAGACGGCGUUUCCUUCCUCUACAGCCUCUACAGGGACCGUCUCAAAGGAGGAGUUCUGGCUGAUGACAUGGGGCUCGGAAAAACCAUCCAGAUCAUUUCAUUCCUCUCCGGCAUGUAUGACAACGAGCUGAUAAAACACACACUGCUAGUAAUGCCAACAUCACUCAUCACAAACUGGGUCAGGGAGUUUGGCAAAUGGACUCCAGGUAUGAGGGUGAAGGCCUUUUAUGGCAGCAGUAAAGCAGAGCGGACCAGGAACCUGGAGAAGGUCCAGAGCAGAGGAGGGGUCAUCAUCACCAGCUACACCAUGUUGAUGAGCAACUGGCAACAGCUAGCCUCGUAUCGAGGGAAGGAGUUCUGUUGGGACUACAUGAUCCUGGAUGAGGCACACAAGAUUAAAAACCCUUCCACCAAAACGGCCAAAAGUGCUUACGCCAUUCCGUCCAAGAACAGGAUCCUCCUGACGGGAACGCCGGUGCAGAACAACCUCCGGGAAAUGUGGACGCUCUUUGACUUUGCCUGUCAGGGAUCUUUACUGGGAACAGCCAAGACUUUCAAAACAGAGUAUGAAAACCCCAUCACCCGUGCCAGGGAGAAGGAUGCUACUCCUGGAGAAAAAGCUCUUGGUUCCAGGAUUUCUGAGAACCUCAUGACCCUAAUCAAACCUUACUUCCUUCGUAGAACCAAAUCAGAAGUGCAGAAGAAGAAGGCUGGUGAAAAAGAGGCCAACUCUGAAUCAAACAACCAGGAAGACAAUAAAAAUCCGCCAACUUCUGGAGCAGUGAUGCCCAAGCUGACUCGGAAAAACGACCUGGUUGUCUGGACCUACCUAAGUGCAGUUCAGGAGGACAUCUACAGGCAGUUUAUUGGUCUAGACCACAUCAAGGAGCUGCUAAUGACCACCAGAUCUCCGCUAGCUGAGCUAACCAUUCUAAAAAAGUUGUGUGACCAUCCAAGACUGCUUUCUGCCAACGCCAUUGCAAAGUUGGGUCUGGAAGAAAACCCAGAGGCUGAAAACGGCGAGGGUGAUGCUCACAACAUCGCAAACGUUUCAGAUGAAACUUUAAUAUCAGAGUCUGGGAAACUAGUGUUUCUGUUGGCUCUUCUGGAGCAGCUCAGAGAAGAAGGCCACCGAACGCUGGUCUUUGCUCACUAUCGGGUGGUCCUGGACAUCCUCGAACGGAUCCUUGGCAACAGAGGUUUCAAAGUCCUGAGACUGGAUGGAACCAUCACGCAGAUCACAGAACGAGAAAAACUGAUCUCUCGCUUUCAAAAAGACAAACGUUACUCCGUGUUUCUCCUCACCACUCAGGUGGGAGGAGUGGGCAUCACCCUGACGGCAGCUAACAGAGUCGUCAUCUACGACCCCAGCUGGAACCCAGCCACGGACGCUCAGGCUGUGGACAGAGCGUACCGCAUCGGUCAGAAAGAAAAUGUAGUGAUCUACAGACUGAUAACCUGUGGAACGGUGGAGGAGAAGAUCUACAGGCGACAGGUUUUCAAAGACUCCCUGAUCAGGCAGAACACCGGGGACAAAAAGAACCCCUUCAGGUACUUCAGUCGCCAAGAACUGAAGGAGCUCUUUACCCUGGAGGACCCGAGAUCUUCAACCACCCAGCUUCAGCUGCAGGCGCUUCACUCCAGACACAGACGGACCGACCCGGCAUUGGACGAGCACAUCGCUCAUCUACACGCUAUGCACAUGUUUGGAAUCUCUGACCACGACCUCAUGUUCUCACAAGAUGUCAACCAUGACGAGGAUCCUGAGGACCAGGAGGAAUAUCAAUACAUCCAAGGCCGAGUCCAGAAGGCCCAGGAGUUGGUGAAGGCAGAGUCUGAGCUGCAGUCUGGACCCGGCAGAACCUCCCACCCUGACAGCGCCCUAAAGUCCCCCCCCCCUCUGCAGAACAGAAGAGUUUCAGAUCUCCAGCAGUCCGACUCCAGCCUCAGAGCUGGAAGCUCCAGGAUGAGCGCCGAGCUGGAAUCCUUCAACGGGAACUUUAACCUGGAGCUGGAGGACACGGACGAUGGCGUCCAGGAGGCGGACGGCGAGGAAGAGGAGCGGAAGCUGCUGUCUCAGCUCCAGAUGGACGGCAGCUUCAACGUGGACAAGUCUCUGUCAGAGAGGAGAUGGACCGCCAACGGCUGCGCUGCGUCACACGUGGACGAGUCCAGGUCCGUCAAAGAGUCUCCAAACUGGUCCACGGUACGACCUGUGGACAAGUCCAUUAACAAGUCUGUGGUACGAUCCGUCAACGAGUCCGCAGACGAGUCCAUCGUUGUUACCAGGAGGAAGAAAGCAGCCGUUAUCUACGACAGCGAUGAAGAAGAGGAGGAGUUGAGGAGUUCCUUCCAGGUCCUCGGGUCGUCCACGCCCAAACGCUCCCCCAGCGGGGGAGGGAACGUGUCUGUGGUGUCCCGACGGUCCCUCCUUCAGUCCAUCAUCGAAGACAUGGAGGAUCAGGACGUCCAGGAGGAAGAAGAAGAUGAUGAUGAUGGUGAGAAUUUGUUAGAGAUGGAUUCUGAUCCAGAAGAGACGACCGGAGAGACCCUGGAUACGGAGGAGGAGGAGACAGAGGAGGAGGAGGAGACAGGGAAGGAGGAGGAGGAGACAGGGAAGGGCUCCCAGCAGACGGAGGGGCUCUCCUCGUACCAGCUGACUGUUCCUCGGCCAAUAGGAGGCCGGCUGAAGAGGGACGCUGAUGGAAGCCCGCCCACUGAGGAUGAAUGGGAUCAGAUGAUCUGCUGGAGGUCAGCAGCCGUCCUCCUGCUGCUGGACGCUUGGACCCGGGUUGACCCGGCCCGGUUGGAUCCGGCCCGGUUGGACACGGGUGGAUCCGGCCCGGUUGGACCCGGUUUGAUCCGGCCCGGUUGGACCCGGGUUGCUGGCCAGUGA